CCGUCGUUUGUCGUCUUUGUAUCUGGGAGAGUUGAAUGGGACACAGUACAUUCGAAAGACCAUGCGUCAACUGGACGCAACCGAGUUGGAGGUACAACAUUGUAGAUAUUAGGUAUUUUCUUUUCCUUCAGGUUCAGCCCUCCAGAGCCCUGGACCAGCAACGAGCGAACGACCAGGCCACGGAUGCUGGUGGAUGAUCCUGGUCGGAGAAUCCUUGUCUCGAUCCCGGACCAUCGCACGACAUCCCCCCAUGGCGGAUCAUGAUGGCACACGCCAGACGCCAUGCCAUGCGCUGCAGUGAUCGACUGACUGACUCGUCGAUAUACAAACAACCCGCAAGACUGCUUCUUUAAAAUACUGUCCUGUGGGACCUCCGUCAAGUCCCAUAUUCCGGCACCUUGCUCUUGUAUAUUUAUAUUUUCUCUACAAAUCUCGAUCGAUGAGUGGUGUACAGAUAUCUUUCCUUUCUCUCUGCCUUGCGAAAGCCUAAUCAGACCGGCCAUAACCCACCACGCUCGUUUUCAGAUCAAUCCCCCGCGCGAGUUCCCUCGAGUUGAGUCGACCGUUGACAGCACGGUGAAGCCUGCCUCCUACGCUGAGUCUCCUGCCCAGAUGACCUCGCCUUUGAAUAGUACGACCUUCUCCUAAUACCGUACCUGCCUUCUGCCGUUACUCCAUCUACGACGAUCCAAUUGAUGUCCUGCCUCCUUUAAUUACCACCCGCUCCCGAAGCCUCCUGACGAUCAAGUCAGCACCCGCUCCGAGUCCACCGUCAGCACUCUAAUCACCUGCCGGAGCCAGUCAGAAGAUCUGGGGACCUGUGCCUGGCUUACAAAGUAGUGGUUUGGUCAUUCAAUCUGUCCCGGGCCGCUUUAUGACGGGUGUGGACCACCGUUACCACCAUUAUCUGUCAGCACUACUACUGUCUCGAGUUCCUGUUGGGUAUAGUGGCAAGUCAACCGACCGACCGAUCGACUUGAGCGCCUGUCGACGUGGACGGGGGUGGAGAGGCAAUGCAGCCGUACACAACGGCGCAAGAGACCCGGAACAUCCUGAUCAUUGGCUCUACGGGGACGGUGGGAACGUACAUUACACGAGCGAUUAUCGAUGCCAGAGACAACUUUGACAGAAUAUGUGUUUUGACCAGUGAGAAGACGUUGGUGGAAAAAGUUCAAGACAUUGCGGCUCUGGAAGCAUGGGGCGUGGAAAUAUUUACUGGGGGUUUGGAUAGUGAGAGGGCGGUUAAGAAAGCUUAUGAAGGCAUAGAUACCAUCGUGUCGUGUGUCGGCAGAGCAGGCAUUGAGAAGCAGAUCAACCUCAUCACCUGGGCCGAGCAAGCAGGUGUGCGCCGGUUCUUUGCCUCCGAAUAUGGCACCGACAUUGAAUACUGGCCGGAGUCGGCGCGAGAGCCGCCGCACCAGCUCAAGUUGAAAGUGCGGGCUCACAUGAAGACAAUGCGGCGGCUCGAACACACGUAUCUUGUCACGGGUCCUUACAGCGACUUAUACUUCGGCACCUUCAAAACCCGGCCCGAAUUGGGCGAGUUUGACGUCAAGGCGAAAAAGGCCGUGUUACUAGGCGACGGCGACGGGCCGGUCAGCUUCACCGCCAUGGCAGAUGUCGGCAAAUUUGUCGUCGCCGCGCUCGUCAACAACAAUGCGUCCAGAAAUGCCACCCUGAUAGUCCACUCGUUCACCGCGACGCCGCAUGAGAUUCUGGCCGAGUACGAAGCACAGACCGGUUCCACGUGGGAAAAGUCAUAUACCUCGCUGGAACGGUUACGGCAGAUUGAAAAGGAAGAAUACCAGGUCUAUUCGCCUCUCGCUACUGUUGUGACCUUACGCCGCAUCUGGACCGAAGGAGGCACCCUGCACAAAUACUACGACGAAACGGUCCUAGGACAUAUUGAGACCGAAACGCUCCAAAGUCAGGUCGCCGCGGGCAUCCAAAAGCAGCUCGAGGGCGAAAAUCAUUUUCCCAGUCUGCUGAGAAAGCUGAGCUUGGUCUGACCAGGUCAGCCACGCCAUCAAGAACCCCACUGGCCCCAGCCAUUAUAAAUACCACCACUACUACUCCUACUACCACCACCAAUGAAUAGGUAUUCGAAUGUAUGUAUUCACAGCUUAUGUACACCCCCGGGUCAUGAAGGAUAUGAUAUGAUUUUACGAAGAAACGGCAAGUCAGAAGCCGCAGCAGCAGCAGUAUAGGUUAGCAUCAGCAGCAUUCAGCGGGCAGAGAGAGCGAGAGACGGGGAGUUUGCCAGAGUCUUUGGUACUCACCAAUCUUUCUGGUACAAACAGGUCGCUUCGAACUUGAAGGGCAUGUUAUUAGUUUGAGGGAUGGUUUCCAUUGCACUGCGCGACACAGUACAGCACAGCAGAGCAGAGCACAUGUGGAUACUAGUAUUCGCCAUGCAAAUAGACAUCAGACGCACACACGUAUAUGUUAUGUCCACUUUUUCGUCGGUCCUGUGGAGAGGGGACUGUACAUAAGGUAUCUUCAGUCGUAAAGGACGACGACAUAUUCGGCACUACCCUGGACUGCAGUCUAGAUACAUAGUCCAAGUGCUUAGGCCGUGGCCACACCACUCAGGUUGGGAGACGAGACAUUCGAACCAAUCUAAUAGGUAGUACCCUAGGUAGGUAACUGAGUUGUUUGUACACCAGAGA